AUGCAGGCCAGUGAUAGGUUCAACAUCAACUCCCAACUCGAACACCUUCAAGCUAAGUACGUGGGAACAGGGCAUGCCGACUUGCAUAGGUAUGAAUGGGCCGUGAAUAUUCAGCGUGAUAGCUAUGCCUCCUAUGUUGGUCAUCAUCCCAUUCUUUCCUACUUCGCUCUCGCUGAGAAUGAAUCGAUUGGGAGAGAACGUUACAACUUUAUGCAGAGAAUGAUUAAACCCUGCGGUCCUCCCCCAGAGAGAGAAGACGAUUGA